UGAGUUUGACUAACUUAUCCACAGACAGUCUUUAGUUUACAUAGCUAGCUAGCUAAAUUGCAUGGAUGCUGAUAUGGAUACUACACCUGAUUUUGAAUGAUCUGCAUGCUCACCCUCAAUCCCUCUAUUCCAGAAAAAGUCAAAGAAAACGACCGAAACAUUGACCUUCAAGAGACCAGAGGGGAUGCACAGAGAGGUUAAAUGCCCUGCUCUACUCAGAUAAGUAGGAACCCUGUUUGACCCAAACGUCCCGUUUCCAGCUGGCCUGCCUCUUGGUUUGAGCAUUAACCUAGCUUAGUACUUGAACACUGAUCCCUCAUAGAAUUUGAUGUGAUUUAAAUGUUUUAUUAAUUUAUCACUGCAUUAAUAAGGCUUGUCAUUUUAUUAAAGUAUACUGACCACCCCCUGUCUCUCAGCAGAAAUGCUCUGCUCCUGCUGCCCAGCGACACCACUCAGGGCUACCGGACGGUGAAGGCCAAGCUGGGCUGUAAGCCGGAUACAACCCUGGAAAUGGAUGCCCUUCACAAACACUGCCCGCCAACACGGAGCCAUCUUCCACCACUGGAGACGCAUGGCAGAGGAGCAAGGACUACCCCUUCGCCCACUUCAACAAGGCAGUGCAGGUGCCAGUGUACCCGGAGCAGGAGUAUCAGAUGUAUCUCCAUGACGACGGCUGUACCAAAGCAGAGACGGACCAACUGUUUGACCUGUGCGAGUGCUUUGACCUGCGGUUCAUCGUCGUCCACAACCGCUCCUACCAUCAGCGGAGGCUAUCUAUGACUGACAUUACACACACACUUUAAAUACUUCAUUUGAAUCCACAAAUCACAUCGCAGUCAGGAAGGAUUUAAACAUUUAAAAACGUUUCAAUUUGAAUAUUGCCAUUUUUUAAAAGCACAUUUUGGAAUGUGAUACUUCAUGAAAUACAAUGUCUUUCCAUUAUAAUAGACAUUCCGUAAACAUUCCAGGAAUUUGUGCUUUCAGAAACGUUCAACAACCUGAAGGAAUGUUACUACAACAUUUGUGCACACUGAGCAAGGUCCGGGCUGCAACAUGGACAGAGCCCAAGAUCUACAUAUUUGUUGCGCGUCACGAGAGUCGCAGGAAACAGCAGUUGCAGAGACCAUUCAACCGCACGCCUGAUCAGGUGGAAGAAGAGGAGUAUCUGAUGCAGGAGCUGCGGAAGAUUGAGAGCAGGAAAAAGGAGCGUGAGAAGAAGGCCCAGGUCCUGCAGAAGCUCAUCACGGCCGCCGACACCAGCACAGAGAUGAGACGUGCAUAGCGCAAGGCCAGGAAAAAGAAGCUCCUACUGAAAUGAGAGACCGUGAAACCGGCUGUUCCUGAGAUGGCAGGCAUCAAAUUCCCUGACUUCAAAUCAGCUGGAGUCAGAGGAUGAAACUGCCGAGCUCGGUAGGCCAGAAGAAGAUCAAGGCCAUUGAGAAGUUUGUGACGGAGCGGGAAGUGGACCUGAACCCCAAGCCCACGGAGGAGAUGGUCCAGAUGUUCAAUGAGCUGCUCAUUGGCAUGGUGCUGGUCUAGGAGCUGAAGCAGGCCCAUGGUAACUGUGAGUACGAACAACAGAUGCCCCGCCACUUCUACAAGGUCCUGCUGCUGAAGGCUGGAGGAGGGGUGGGCCCUGUCAGGCCCCCAGGGGGAUGAGGACUGGGGGGCCUGGAGGUGCCCGGCCCCGAUGACAUCAAUGGGGAGGCCAAGGAGCAGAUCAUCGACGUGGUGGGAGCCCCACUCACCCCCAACUCACAUAAACGCAGAGAGUCCGCCUCCAGUUCCUCGUCCAUCAAGUAGGUGGAGAAGCUUUGACGUGGAAAAUGAGCCCUGGGGUUUUAUGUGACUGAGGAGGAAAGGAGAGAGGAUGAGGUCACAUCCCACCCUGGCCUCAGUGGAGUGGCCUGUAGAGCUGAGGGUUGGAGAAAGGAGGAGGGUUUGUCAUCCAUCACAUCACCCCCCGACAAAUAACAAAUAACCAAGCCCCCCCCCCCUAAAUGUGACUGAUGCUCCUGUACAAUAACCCCACCACCCACCACCACCCCAGGCCCAACAUCCACUCUCCCCUUUACAGCAAUAUCAUGACAAAUACAACGACUGACAUUCCUUUUCAUUACUCUUCCUCUCCCUCCUUUGUGCAGGCUGAGAUGAGGCCAGAUAAACUGUAAAUAGCCAGACCGAGCUAAUAGAGCCAUGGUGGAGAGAUGAGUCUACUGUCUAUUUGAGAUUGAACCAGGGCCUGUUUUUCCAAAAGCAUCUUAAGGCUAAAUUCUAACAAUUUAAUUUAGCCUUUAUAUGCUUUUGGGAAACCAGGCCCAUAAAUAAGGGCAAUCUCUGACCACAGUUUCAUCAUGCUGUUUUGUUACCUGGGUUAUGUCGUUUUGUGUUCUCUCUUAGUGGAGGCACCCCUGUCAUUGCAUUAAAAGCAGCAGCCAUGGAAAGUGCCAUUUCAGAUAAGUCAAAAGGUUUUUGCUUAUCUUGGCUUGUGGGAGAGUUUGAUCAAGCUAAGAUGGACUGCUGUCCUCACUGAAUCAGAAAAGAGUUGAAAGCAACCUACAAGAUUGUCCAAAUCAAUAAACCUAUUUUUUCCCCCAAAUUGUCUUGUGUGUUCUAAUAUCUCAUUUGUAGCAUAGUUCUCUUAUUGAAGUCUUGCUAGAAUCGGUGUAGUAUAAUGGGUCUGUAAUCAGCACAUAAAACAUCUAAAGGCACGAUCUUGAAACUAACACCAGAAGAUCCGGCAUGGGGUGGAACGAGAUUGAGAAGACAGCGCAGAACAGAGUGUGACCGAGAGGAGUUGAAAAGUUGCUUUUCAAUGUCUUUCCAGCAAUGACAAAAAAAAAAACGUAUUUUCAACGUGUUGUGCUCAUAGACCCGUCGCUUUGCCAGGGAGCAUCCCUGAGUACUAAUCGGUCUAAAUUUAAAUCAUGCUCUGCAGCAGUGAUGUAAGAUUUAUUCCGAAACAAUUAAUGUUGAAAAUAAAUGUGAUGUAAAGCUGUAAGAUCAUGACAUGUUGGCCUUGCCUGCCAUUCCAGUUAAAUUACAAAAGAGUUCAUUAAUAUGUUAAUUAGGCCAUGUUAUUUUUUUGUUUACGCUGGCCACUGGAACAGCAUUAGAUUUCUCAUAAUAUUGCUAAUUGCAUGUCAAUGAUGCUAUUGAGCUCAUUUGGGCAUGAAUGUGUACGCAAAUGUCACGUAAAAGGGGUUGGCUGGUAAAGUAUGCGCGCAUCUUUGAAUGAGAAUUAUCGAUAGUUUAAAAAAAUAUAUAUAUUUGGGGAAGAUUUUAAUGAUUUACAUAGGGAAGAUGUUAAUGAUAUCACACAGGGAUAACUGCAUAGCUGAACAUAUUAGAAAACUCAGUGCAAGAGCUGAGACCGAUAACGUUUAUAAGGUUGCGCAUUGAAGUGGAGGCAACGCCACUAUUCCAUGCGCUCUUUUAUGACGUUUCAUUCCAGAAUCUGUAGGUAGUUAAACUCCAACAAAUAAAUUCGAUAGGCAAUCACUUGGAUGACAUUUCAAACAAGAUCUUUCAUCGCAGACUUCCAUUCAGCGCAAAAUAAGAUUUAUCCAAACUUCUCAACAAAGGAAUUCAAAAAUGGGCAACGUUUGGGAGUCCAACCUGUGUGUCCACCCCACAAAUCCCUCAGCAAUCAGGAUGAUCCUGAGAAGGGUUGGUUUUCCAGGCUCAUCUCAGAAGGCUGUGUGGAGUCCUGUGCUGACUCAGCUGUCCCAGAGUGCUGUACACCAUGUGGAGGCCAGUGCCAAUGCCAGUCAUGACCUUUCCUGCCCCCUGACAGUGGAGCUGUUGAAGGCAAGAAAUCUUUACAUUCCUUGGUUGAAGGAUGGUCCUCCUGUCAAUCAUGAAGUGAGCCAGCUCAAGAGGCCUAAACUGUCAUGCCCCAAGUUGACCCAGCUGUCCCAGGGUUCUGUGCAGCAUGUGGAGGCCGGUGCCAAAGCCAGUCAGGUAUCCUCGUACCUUUCUUGGAAGAGGCUGAAGAAUUUUAUUGCGGAACAGAAGAAGGUGAGCCAGCCCAAGAGGCCUAAACUGGUCCCCAGCAUCAGGGACUCCAAGGACCCCAGCCCACUUCGACAGAAGCAGCAGCGACAGAGGAAGAGGCCAGCCGAUAAGGUGUAUGGCAGCAGGGGGUGCACGAGAGCAGCCAAGAAGGACAUCUCUGGAGAUCUGGCCCAGCUCAAGCCUUGUCAGUCCACAGGAGACACCUGGAACAAUACAGACACUGGAGCUGAAGAACCUCGUCGUCUGGAGGUUAUGAAGAACCUGACAGGCCUGUGGGGCAGCACUGGGCAAGGCCAGCCUCAGCCGACUCCACGAGCCAACCGUCUCAGCCCCUCCCUGGCCCAGUACUUAGCCUCAACUGUCACACCGAGGACCUUUGACCUCCAGAUAAUGGGCAUGACCUCUGACCUAAUGGACUUCUUGGACAUGCCCGAGGAGAGACUGUCUAUAGAGCUUUGGGACCUCGGGGAGGGCACAGGGGACCAGCGCUACAAAGCCAACUGGCAAUUCUCCGGAGAGCACGGCAAUGUGCUGAUGGAGGGAAUCUGGCUCCAGAAAGACGACAACUGGUGAUUUGGAGACCUCAGUUCGCCCAAACGCUUCCUCAGUAGGAAAGAGGAGGGAGCUUAUCUGCUGAUAUUCACUCAUUCAUAUGCACACAUCAGUAAAGGCUUUGAGGAAAAUAGAAAUUGCAAUUGGAAGUUCAGUUUACUUUCUGAAUUUAAAAGGAAUUGACCCCAACCCCGGAACAAAUACACACAGGCACACACAAAAAAGAAUGGCUCUUGAGGAUUGCAGUAUCUUAUCAUUUUGAUAUACAAUUAAUAUUUUCAUUAGCAUAAAUAGUCAGUCUUGUGUUUUUAUUCACCUUUAAAAUCCUGCCAUGACAACCAGAGAAGUGUGGCAUUGUAGGGCUGCUGUGUCUGUGCAUUUGAAUAGUCUAAAACGUCAUGAACUGAUGGUGUCACAGGUGGGAUCUGAACCCUGGUUUACUGCGUGAGAAACCACCAUCUUAACAAUUAGGCCAAUAGAUAAUUCCUCCAUUACACUGGCAUAAGGGCCACUUAUAGCAAUUCAUCUCUACCAGGUAUAGUAGGGCGAAAUAUUUAAUAACUGAUAAGUCAUGUUUCUUCCCUGAAAGGAAUAUAGAUGUGUUGAUCCCCAGGAUGGGAUAUAUGAGGAUGAUAUGUCCACCCAAGCAUCCAGACGCAUGAAAUAAAUUAGCUUCUAAAAUGCAAUUGAUUGCUGAAAUUAAUGGAUUUACGUUAAUGAUUCUAUAUUUUAUUCGCUUUUAUACAGCGCACGGUUAUCUUUGAGCUUGUGAAAAAGUGAGUUUGUUUCAGUGUCAAUUGGCGCUUUUUUUACUCAUUCAUCUAGAGUGUGCUAUUUAAAUGACUGAUUUAAGUUGGGGUUUUGGUUAAUUCAGAUGGUAUUUACAGUGCCUUCAGAAAGUAUUCACACCCCUUGACUUUCUCCACAUUU